AUGGCUGGUUCUCGGUGGCUCCUCACUUCUGUCCUCUUUCUGCUGCCCUUCCUAAGACAUAUUUCAGCACAGGAACCAGGAUGUUCUGUCAAUAACAGCAAACCUAGAGUGGAGGAAAAUAAUCACCCUGGCUAUGUGGUGACUGAGAUCCAUGUGGAGCCAGGGUUCAGGGUGAGGAUCGACCCGGGCUCCCCCGACGCUGCCUUCUUCACCCUCCAGGGCUCUGAGCUGCAGCUGAGCCAGAGCGUGGACUAUGAGGAAGACCCCUUGCUGCUGGUGUACCUGGUCUGUGAGAGCCCUGCUGGGCAGAGAGAUUCUUUGGAAGUUCUGGUGACCAUUAUCAACGUGAACGAUAACAGCCCAGAGUUUAAGGAAACCAAUCUCACCAAGGUGGUCCCUGAGGACACGAAGGUGAAUGCAACCAUUGUGGCCCGUGAAGAGUUAAGUGCAAGUGAUGCUGACCUGGACACCAUCUUCUACCAGCUCACAGCAGCAGUGCCGGGCACAGAUGGUUAUUUUGCCAUCAGAGGAGUUAAUAACCCAGAAAUUUAUUUACAAAAAGCACUGGACUAUGAGAAAUUCAAAUGGACAACGCUGGCCCUGUAUGCAAGGGACAGGCCCGUGGGCAGCAGCGAGGCCACCAACACAGCCACUGCCACCAUACAUGUCAUCCUUGAACAAGCUGACACCAGGCCACCCUGGUUCCUGCCCUGCACCCUCCUGAGCACGGACAGCAGCAUCUGCAUCAGCAGCCCCUACACGGGGCGGGUCAACAUCUCCGAGCAGGCGACGGAGCCCCUGGUCCUGGAGCCAGGUCCCAUCUAUGCUGUUGAUCCUGACUACACUUUAAAUGAGAAAAUCGUGUACAGGCUUGUUGGUGGGGACACAGACAAAGUAUUCUCAGUGGAUGCAGACACAGGGAACCUAACUAUGAACAAACCAGCAACUUCCCCAGACUCCUACCUUCUGCAAGUCAUGGCCACCCAGGUCAACAACAUACAGAAAUACUCCAUAGUCACUGUAGAGAUUAAGGUCAUCAACAAAAGUGAUCAUGCACCCUACUUUGAGAGCAGGAGCUACAACGGGACCGUCUCUGUUGGUCUGGCCCCAAGAAGCUUUGUCUUCAAAGCUGGUGACCCUUCGAGCCCCCUGAUGAUAACAGCAGCAGAUGAGGAUUUCCCUGAUAAAGUCAACCCAAACGUUGAGUACUACCUAAAAAACAGCACUGACUUCAUGGCAACCAGAGAUGGAUUCAUCCUGACAAAGGUGGUGCUGCAGACACCAGGAACUGUAACCAUUGAGGCUGUUGGUAAAGAUGUGGUGAGCCUGCAGGAGGCGAGCACUGUGGUGGUGGUGGAGGUCAUCCCCCCUGCAGCUGUGACCUCCCCUGAUAAGAUAUACACUGCUCAGGAUAUGGGCAUCUUAGGUGGCACGUUAGCAGCAGUGCUGUUAAUUGUUUUAGUCUGCCUUGGAGUGAUGCUGUAUAAGCACUAUGGAAAUCCAGUCAAAUACCUGAUCAGGAAAAAGGUCCCCAAGGAAACCUUUGGGGGUUAUCAGAACCAGUCCUACAAGCAGGAUGAACACCCAGAGGUGAGCACCAAAGAGCAGGAGACAGCAGCAAACGGCAGUGCCCAGUUGAUAGCAUGUGUGCCACAGCAGCUGGCACCUCCCCGGCCCUCCUCUGCUGCAGAAGAAACUGGCAGCCUCCCAAGGGCUUCUGUAGCUUCCACCGUCAUCUUUGACCAGAAAGAGAAAGAGGAAGAAGUGGAAAAAGAGCCUGAGGGGGAGAAAGAAGUGAAGUCUAUCCUCAAGACAGACAGGCACCUGGCAGAUGAUGGCUACAAAGCUGUGUGGUUUAAGACCGAUGUGGACCCAGAUGGUGGAGAGAGGGUUGAGGUGAUUGAGGACAAUGCAGCUGAUAGCGAUGAUGACAGUGACCAAGACCUGCAGGAGGAGGAGGAGGAGGAAGAUUAUGCCAAGGCUGAUCACCACAGAGGGCUGGAAGUGUCCUUGGCCUCAGAGAGCUCAUCGCUCCCCGCUGCAGGAGUGAGAGUCACGAUGCCUCACACAGAUGCAGUGACAGAAGAUGAGAGUGACCUGUGA